UACGCGGUCUUCCUUUUUUUGCCUCCCCAAGAUGGUGCCAAAAGCCAAGAAGGAGGCUGUCCCAGCUAAGACUGAGGCAAAGUCCAAAGCCCUGAAGGCUAAAAAGGCAGUCUUGAAAGGUGUCCACAGUCACACCAAGAAGAAGAUUAGGACGUCACCCACCUUCCAGAGACCCAAAACGCUGUGGUUACAGAGGCAGCCCAAGUAUCCGCGGAAGAGUGCACCAAGAUGAAACAAGUUGGACCACUAUGCUAUCAUUAAGUUCCCACUGACUACAGAGUCCGCUAUGAAGAAGAUAGAGGACAACAACACAUUGGUCCUCAUUGUGGACGUGAAAGCAAACAAGCACCAGAUCCAACAGGCAGUCAAGAAGUUGUAUGACACUGACAUGGCCAAGGUCAACACGCUGAUUCGGCCGGAUGGUGAGAAAAAGGCUUACGUCCGCCUUGCUCCAGAUUAUGAUACGCUAGAUGUUGCCAACAAGAUUGGGAUCAUCUAAGCAGAGUAUUGCCAGAGCUGUACAAUAGAGUUGCACAAUAAAUACUUAUUACUACCAAAAAAA